GCUGACGUAUAUUCCUGGCAAACAGAUGGCCCUUGCUGAUAUGCUGUCCCGAUCACCUGUUCCUGGACUCAAGGCAGCUGCAUGCACGAGUGACGUCGAGAUCCAUGCUGUCACGGUCGUAUCAGCACUCGGCGAGUCCUGUUGAAGAUGGCCGGUCCCCGGGCGAACUCUUGCAAGGAAGGCGGCUGCGCACACCAUUGCCGGACUUCAAUCCAAUGUCGGUAACUCUAGUCAAGAAACACCGGCAGAGAAGUCAUCAUAGGCGCACCCUACCUGGCCUCUGCGACAAUGACGUGGUACGCUUGAAUGGGACAUCAUGGGCAACGAAAGCUAAAGUGGUCGGAUCGGCCGGCCCACGAUCCUUCUACGUGCGCACAGAGAACAAUACCGUGCUGAGGCGCAACCGUCGGCAUCUUCUAGCGACGAAGGAGCCAUAUAGUGUUGAUUCAUCAGACGACGAAGAUAUUGCCAACAACCACACCCCAUUUCAAGGUGUGGCGUCAUCGACCACCGCAGUCUCGCCCGCGGAAGCUCAGCAGCCAUCGCCUCAACCACUGAGACGAAGUCGACGACAGACGCGGCCACCAGAGCGUCUGGGUUAUGACCAGCAGUUCCAGCAUACAAGCCAGCGGGAUUGAUUUCUUGAACUGUUUAGAAGGAGGAUGUAUCAUAUCUGAUGAAAGCACAUGUGCUAUCUACAGGCACGAUUGCCUCGUGCAUACACCUACCUGGCCCUCACCUUUUCUAACCCUUUCCACUUUCAACUAUAACUACCAACGCAGAAUAAACGAUGGGGUUCAUUUGCUUCUUGACA